UUGUAGUAUUUUAAACUAUUAAAGUUAAAACUGUUUAAUGAUUUAUACUAGUGGAUAUUUAGGUGCUAAGGGUGAGUGGUCAUUUAAACAUCUGCCUCAGGGAAACUAUUUACAACCACUGAUAAAGAUCACCCUAUGGCCAUGUGUAGGGGGGCAGCCGGAGGUAACAGAGGUAGAUCAGUGGUAAUUUAUAUGUAUGCAUUAACUGUCUUCCUUUGAGCGUGCUGAGCUUUAGGUGACAUUUGAGGUCGGAGUCAGAUGGGAAGGAGGAAGUCAGCAGAGCCAAUCAGAAGACGACAAAACGCCCAUGCACAUUUCUUUGUUUGUACUUGUAUAAAUACACUGGAUCAGGGAAAGUUAGGUUGUCAGACUGUGGACUGACCAACACUUGUUAUUGGUUAGGAAAAGGCACAUCUGAUCCAGAAUUCUGUAAUUGUUCAUUGCUUGCUGAAAAGAUUCACUAAACAAUUUGAACUAAAUUCUUUGGUGUGGACAUUCACUGGUCUUUUGAGUAUUUUGAACACUGCACUCACCCUGUGGGGGUGAGAGUUUUUUUCUCUAAACAGCAAGAGCUCCUUCAAUUUGGUGACCCCGACGUGAUGCUUAACUGACCAGCAGCGACUGGAUAAUGAGUGCGGGAGGCAGGUGAACACUGCGGAGGAGAAAAGGGAUCCCAAAUAAUAAGGUAAGCACCACCUUUUUAAUAAAAGUGUGCAAAUUGGACAAAACUAAAUUAUCCCCCAGCAUGUGGUUCAUUCUUCCUCCUGCUAGUAUUUAACGUGUAAUCUGAGUAAAACCAAGCAGUGAGCAAAAAGCAAAUAACGUAGAAAAUUCAGAGGAGGUUUCGGACCUAAAAUUCCUGAACUCUAGUGUUAUUUGUGUAUAUGCACGUGUUUGUAUGUUGUAGGGGGCCUACACAUACUUUUAUUUAAGUAGGGGGCUUCGGGCCUUAAAAGCCUACACCUUGUGUUGUACGUUGUAGGGGGCCUACACGUACUUUUAUUUAAGUAGGGGGCUUCGGGCCUUAAAAGCCUACACCUUGUGUUGUAUGUUGUAGGGGGCCUACACAUACUUUUAUUUAAGUAGGGGGCUUCGGGCCUUAAAAGCCUACACCUUGUGUUGUAUGUUGUAGGGGGCCUACACAUACUUUUAUUUAAGUAGGGGGCUUUGGGCCUUAAAAGCCUACACCUUGUGUUUGUACGUUGUAGGGGGCCUACACGUAGUGUUGAUAAAUGUGUUCAAAAGGUGCCGGGGACGCCUAGUAUCUACUGUAAAAUUGUGUUGUUAUAAGGGGAAAAAUUGGGUUGGGCCUGGUGUAUGUUAACCAUACACGCACUUCCAAGAAGGUAAAGUAUUGGGGUGGUUUGGAUGGAUAAUUAUUUCAUGAAUUAAAAGAUCGGGAUACUGUGUGAAAUUUAAACACCCAGUGAGAGACCGCAGCCUCUCCUUAGGAGGGAACUGUAGAAGAUUGUCUCUCAGCAGCCCCGAUUGACCUACAGGAGUCAUUCAUGAGAUAUUUCCAUGUGUGAAGUACAUUCAUUAAUUUGUAGUGCAUAAUUGAGGAAUUAGUCUGUAAACAUGGAAGGGGAAUACAAUCGUGAAAAAAUAGAGUCUAGCAUUCCCAUCCUGAAAAAAGAUUUUGGAAUUCCAGGGACUUGGGGAAAGAAAUGGGAAGUAAUAAAAAACAAUGUGCUAGUGUGUCAGCCAGAGAAGAAAAGAGGGAAAAUCUUAAAACAUUUAGAGGACUGGUACAGAACAAAGCGACACCUUGGCUGGUUAUAUAUGAUGGCUAUAUGAUGACUGUAAAGAAGACAUAAAAAAAGACUCUCCAGACACGACUGACACCACUAGGAUAAAAGAUCACCAACUAUACUACAAACAGAGCCACCAGUUAAAAGAGUCAUUGACUUUGAUCAGGAUAUGGAACAAGGAAUCAAGCGUGCAAACUCAGGACAGGGGUCAGAGAUUAUGGGAGAGUGGCGAGAGCAGUGGGAAGUUGAGAAAAAGAGAGAGCAGUGGCUAAUUGAGAAAAUGAGAGAACAGAGUAGACAGAAGUUGCAGGGAACAUGUGGAGGGAAGUAUGAUGAUGUAGGGCUAGAGGGAGAGAGUAAGAAUGAUGGUGAUGAUGAGGGUGACAGAGAAGGUGAAGAGUAGGUAUCAGGAAAAAUAUGUAGUGUUAUAGUAGAAGGAACAGGAUUAAGAAGGUCUGAGAGACUUAAAGAACGUAGGGAGAGAGAAGAAGGAUUCCAACAGCCCAAAGACCUGCAGAAGCCCCUUUUUGGAGCAGCCACGCAUAAUAUUCAAGCUAAAUAUAAACCAUUCUCAUUGGACAGCCUUAGUCUAUCAGUUGCCUCCUCUUAGGGAUGGAGCCCAACCAUGGUUAAACAAAGUAUCAGCUCACACAAGUACAGACAUUUCACACAUCAUAUGGAUGCCCAAACUCAAAAGCAGAAAAAGAGAGAGGGUGAGAUGGAGGAGCUUAAAGGUCAGCUCUUAAAGCUGCAGCUACAACAGGUUAGAGAUCAGGUGACAGAUAAGAAAGCUAGUGCUAAGCAACAUAAACAAAUGCUCCAAAUGCCUUCUACAGAUGUUGUUGCUGCUCCAGCUCUUUCCCUAUCCCCAUCUCCCCCUCCUAACCCUCCCCCUAAUUCAUACCCUUACUACCCUGCACAUAUCCCAGUGCCAGUACUCACACCAGGUCAGAUGUUCUAGGGUCCAGGAAACCAGGGAGGGUAUAAUCAAAACAAUGGACAGAGAAAGGGAGGGAAGGCAGGCAAUAAGGGAGGAGCAGGGUGAGUGAAAAACAAGGGAUGCUUUAUUUGUGGAGCAAUGGACCAUUGGGUCAAUGAUUGCCCUUAUAACGGCUAUGCUCGGCAGCAGGGAAGAAGCGGUGGUCCCCCAGGGGGAGCAGCUUCAAACCCACCCCAGCAGGCACCCAAUCCACAUAUGGCUCCAGGAGGAUGGCCUGCACAUCCUGGUGCAUGGGGACAGUUCCCACAGCAGCCAUAGGGGUGCCAAACAGAAGGGGAACUACAGGGCUUGGGAGCUCCCUGUUUUUCUCUGAAGGUGAAUGGGAAAACAAGAUGGGUCAUGGUGGACACAGGAGCUCGCUACUCAACCUUGAGUGAUCCACCUUGCAGACUCUCAUCCGCCUAUGUUUCUGUUUUGGGAUUUUCUGGCACUGAACAAAAACUGCCUUUCACGGAAGAAACUGUUGUGACUGUGGGAAACCAAAUGCUGAGACACUCUUUUGUCUACGCACCUGACUGUCCUGUGAACUUGAUGGGAAGAGACUUGUUGGUUCGCCUGGGAGUUGCAGUGAAAUGUGCACCUCAGGGAACAACUAUGCAUUUUCCAGAUGGAACUGUGAUCACCUGCAGCUCUUCUAUCGAUACGUCUGUUAAGCAAAUGCCCCUGGGUGCCUCUGCUCCAUACACUGCUGCUGAACCACCAGCUGAUGUAUAUUGGGUAUUGUUAAAUACAGAAAAUAAUCCCUUGAUAGAACAAUUUGACUUAUGGGCUCCGUGGAUUCACUCUCUCAGCUCCUACCACUCUGUUCCCGACCCUCCCCAUUGUACUUUAUAUUAUGACAGGAAUGAAGAUUGGAUAUAUAAGGCUGAAUUUGAAGACAAAAUAGAAGGAGAUACCUGGGCCCUGCAUGUAGAGGGCAUUUAUGUGGGACAAGAAGGAGUGGCAUCAGCAGUUAUGCUUCCUGAGUAUAGGAAAUCUUGGUAUAAAAUGUCUAACACUACCACCCCCCACGUAUCUUUCGCCUUGCAUGCAGGACAUCAGGCUAAAGAGUUGGGUCUUACAGGUUACUCCAGACAUUUUGUGCCUGAUUAUGCCGGUAGGACUGAGUCUCUGCGUGCACUGGUUAAAGCUCAGGGGUGCCGCAAUCUCAGUGCCAAGUUGGACUGGACGGUUGAGGCUGAUUCAGAUUUUAUUUGUCUCAAAUAGGAUCUGUCACAGGCCACAUCUUUGGCGCCCCCCGAUUACACUCAACCGUUUUUUCUUGAUGUUUCUGAAAGACAAGCGUCUGCAUAUGGUGUUCUCUAUCAGAAACAAAGGGGGAUUAGGAGAGUGUUAAUAUACUGUAGUGUACUGUUUGAUGUACAGGAAAAAAGAGCCACUCCAUGUGUCAGAUAUGCAGCAGCAGUUGCUAAAUUGACAGAAAAAAUCGCACAUGUAGUCAUGCAUCACCCACUGAUAAUCUUAACCUCUCACGCUACAGUUGCAUUUGUGACAUCCUCUGCAUUCACACUGACACCACUAAGACAGAGCAGGAUUCUCAAAGUGCUAACACAACCACACAUAACAUUUGUACAUCAAGGAAUCAAUAUGGCAGAACAAAUAUUGGAAGGGACACCACAUUGUUGUAUAACAGUUACACAGGACAGGACCAAGGUGAGGACUGAUUUGAGUGAAACACCUUUGGUAAAUCCUGAAGUGGAAAUGUACACAGAUGGCUGUUGUUUCAGACAUCCAGACAGUGGGUUGCAGGCAGGAUACGCUGUGGUGGAACUAGGGAUAGAUGGGACCCCCAGAAUACUCAAACAGGAACAGAUGACAGGAAGCGUGUCAGCCCAGAAAGCAGAACUAAGAGCAGUCAUAUCAGCAUUAGAAUUGUCACAGGAAAAAAGCGCAAAUAUUUAUACUGAUUCCGCUUAUGUAUAUAAUGCAGUACACAGGGACUUAACAGGAUGGAUGCAGGCAGGUUUUAGGACAAGUGGGGGUAAAAGCAUGGCUCAUGAAAGAAUGAUGAGGGAGUUAGCAGAAGCUCUACAACUUCCAAAACGGGUGGCAAUAAUGAAAGUUAAAGGACAUAGCACUCUAGAUGAUAGAGAAGCCAAAGGAAAUGAUGCAGCUGAUCAAGCAGCGAAACAGGCAGCAGGAUACACUGUAAAUAUGAUAAUGUUAGUCACAGACAUGCAGAUCGCUGAUGAUGUGAAUAUGGAAACAGUCAAAGCAGCACAAGAAACUGCAUCACAAGAGAUAAAGACUCAGUGGAAGUCAAAAGGGGGACAACAGAACAGCCAAGGAAUAUGGCAUGUAAAUAGUCAGGUGAUAAUGCCCCCUCAAUGGCUAAACAGCAUGUUGACACAGACUCAUGGACCUGACCACAGGAGCACUGGACAAAUGACACAUGACUUACGACACUGGUGGAUUGACGAAUUUUCCAUCCCCACAGAUUCACCAACAGGAGAGAGUUUCUCCACGCGGGAACAGGAGCCAGAGCUAGGAUCAGGAGGACCUCCAGAGUUCCUGUAUCUGAAGGCCAUAAAGAGGAAGUGGAGUGAACCACGGUGGACAGGAUCAUUCAAAGUGACAGCCAGAACAAACUCGGCAGUAAAACUGGCUGGGAAGGGUUACAACUGGUAUUACCUCUCUCAGUGUGCUAAGAACACCACAGCACAGGAGAAGGAAGCCGAGGGGAAUAAAAAAAAAAAUAAAUAAAAUGUAUAAUCGAGUUUUAUAAUCAUCAUUUGUGUGUGUGUGAUUAAAACAGAAACCAGCGCCACUCGUUUGGAGGAAUCGGAGAACGAGGUGGAGGAUGGUGUCUGAGGAGGAAAGAAGUCCCACAGGGGAAGGUUAAAACGUUAGGUAUGGGGGGAGGUUCCGCCCCAUCGCAAGGUUGACCUGUUGAGGACACAGAAUGUUGAACUCAGUUUGUUGAGUUCAAAAGGGGGACUGUUGUAGUAUUUUAAACUAUUAAAGUUAAAACUGUUUAAUGAUUUAUACUAGUGGAUAUUUAGGUGCUAAGGGUGAGUGGUCAUUUAAACAUCUGCCUCAGGGAAACUAUUUACAACCACUGAUAAAGAUCACCCUAUGGCCAUGUGUAGGGGGGCAGCCGGAGGUAACAGAGGUAGAUCAGUGGUAAUUUAUAUGUAUGCAUUAACUGUCUUCCUUUGAGCGUGCUGAGCUUUAGGUGACAUUUGAGGUCGGAGUCAGAUGGGAAGGAGGAAGUCAGCAGAGCCAAUCAGAAGACGACAAAACGCCCAUGCACAUUUCUUUGUUUGUACUUGUAUAAAUACACUGGAUCAGGGAAAGUUAGGUUGUCAGACUGUGGACUGACCAACACUUGUUAUUGGUUAGGAAAAGGCACAUCUGAUCCAGAAUUCUGUAAUUGUUCAUUGCUUGCUGAAAAGAUUCACUAAACAAUUUGAACUAAA